UUGUCAUGGAGAUGGAGAAGAGUUGAGCGUCCACGAGUGCUACUGUUACCAUGGAAAUUCCUUUUGUCAUAGCGAGUCCAGUAAAGCAAGCCAAGCCAGUUGAGCACCAGGAUCAACGUCAUGCUGGAGCUGCUUUACAACACAACAAAUAUCGCAUGCUGAUUGUGAUUGGGGAGAUUUCCACCAGCGAUCACCUUGACUCUGCCAAAAAACAGAUCACACAAGGUUUGCUUUCCUGGAAUGUUGAUUUGAGUAUCUGCGACCUGAACAAGGAGCUACAGCUGUUUGAGAGCAAACACACAGCACGAUUUUCUUCAGAGGUCAAAGGUCAGAGGAUUCUCCAAUAUCAGAGUGACAUCCUUGAGACAGUGGUGUUGGUUAACCCAUCAGAAGAGUCUGUUUCUUCAGAGGUCCAUUCUCUGCUCAUUGACUUGGCUGGAAAUAAAUUGCUGAUACUAAGUGGGCAGAGCUCUGACCAGGGAGGUGACAUCCUUCUGCAAGGUGGGGCCUUUACCUGGCAACACUUCUCUGAUAUCAUCUCCAGCACACAAGUGCAAACAGUCCUUUCCAAGGUUUCCCCCAAGCAGCCAUCAAGGCUUACUGUUUCCUAUCAAGGAGACGGGGGCUGGAGCUCCCUGGGCCAAAGCCCGGAGUUUCAAAAUAUUCUGGAAUAUCGUUUGAACCCUGAGCCUCACCUUCCCAGUAUGGAAGGGGUAACAGCGUUUACAGAGUACGUCUCAGAGACAGUAGAUGUGCCGUCACCCUUUGAACUUCUAGAGCCACCAACUUCUGGAGGAUUUCUGAAACUUUCCAAACCUUGCUGCUACAUCUUUCCUGGAGGAAGAGGAGACUCUGCUUUGUUUGCUGUCAAUGGGUUUAACAUCUUGGUGGAUGGUGGCUCUGACAGGAAGUCUUGCUUCUGGAAGCUGGUUCGGCACCUUGAUAGGAUUGACUCUGUUCUGCUCACCCAUAUCGGGGCAGACAACCUUCCUGGCAUUAAUGGCUUGUUCCAAAGAAAGAUUGCAGAACAGGAGGAGGAGGGCAACCAAGGAUCUGGUUCAAGCAGCAGUGCCGAGUCGAUGAAGAACCUAAUAUCCCCUGAGCUUGGCAUUGUGUUUUUGAAUGUCCCUGAGAAGCUUCGGAUGCCAGAAUCCAGUCUAAAAGUGAAACGAAGCAUUGAGGAAGCAUCUCUCACACUGCAGUACCUCAAUAAACUCGGUAUCACACCUGAACCGCUUCACAGGGCGGUGACUAACACUAUUGAACCCAUCACGCUCUUUCAUAAACUUGGAGUGGGAAAGUUAGACAUGUAUGUGCUCAACCCUGUCAAAGAGAGCAAAGAGAUGCAGUUUCUUAUGCAAAAAUGGUCUGGGAACAGCAAAGCCAAGACUGGUAUUCUGAUGUCCAAUGGAAAAGAAGGUGAAAUAUCUGUUCCCUAUUUGACAUCAGUUACUGCCCUCAUUGUUUGGGUUCCUCACCGUCCUACAGAAAAGAUAGUCAGGGUGCUCUUUCCUGGAAAUGCACCACAGAAUAAAAUAUUUGAGGGCCUUGAGAAAUUAAAACACCUUGACUUUCUGAGAUACCCAAUAGCUACUCAAAAAGACCUUUCUUCUGGUGCACCGCUGCCCAUUAUCAAACAAACGAAAAUGAAAUCAAGAACUGAAAGCAAAGAGAGUCUCAAAGCUUCACCAAAACCAAACUCAAAAAUAACCAAGAAAGAUGUCGGGCAGGAUGAAGAGUCCCGUAGUGAAACUACCAAAGAAAAUAAAGUGGAAAAGAAAGAUGAUAAAAAGAUAAAAAGUCAAAGUCUGAAGGCUACCAAACAACUGAAAAAUAGUGAGGUUGCCCCUGUGACAGGAAAGUCAGAGAAGAAGAUAGCUGACAAAAGUGGCAAAAUUAACAAAGUGUCUCGAAUGGAUGAAAAGAAAGACAAGGAGAAAAAGGAAAUUAAAAAGGACAAAGUAAAAAAGGAUGAAAAUAUAAGAAAAGAGGAGAAGAAGGAAAAGAAGGACCUCAAAAAGGACAUCAAUAAGCCAGAAUUGAGAAAAAUUAUGAAACCUGACCUAAAGCCACUCACCCCUGAAGUGAGAAAAACUUUACAUAAGGUCAAGACUCAGACUAAAACCAAGAAAGAAAAAAAUGCAACUGGUAAGGAGCAUGUGAAUGGUAAAAACCAAAUUCCAGAGAACCUUCAUGAAGAGGUCGCAGCAGCAGCACUUGCAGAUAGGUCCAUUGUGUCAUCCCCGGAGGACCUUACUGAGGACUUUGAGGCUCUGAAAAGAGAAGAGCUAUCCAAACCCAAGAAUGAGGCUAACCUGAUAUCUGAGGUCUCCCUUCACAAAGAUACAAAAGUUUCCAAGUCAUUUCCUCCUGAAGACAAAAUGACAUCCUUUUGUACAAAUACAGAGACCAUUUCAUCAAUGUUCCCUGAGAAACCAGAUGAAUACAAUACAGACAAGAAAACAUCAGAACAGACAAAAUCUCCUCAAAGGAAAGAUUCAAACAGCGGCAUUGACAAGAAUUAUGAAGACGAGACAUUUGAUGAUGAUUAUGGCAGAUAUUCUGCAAAGGAUGACUCAAAAGACAUGUCAAAGAAAAGUGAUAGCUCAGAGGAGGAUGAUAAUGUAAUUGAAAAAGCUGAGCUUGAGGGAACAGAAGAUGAUGCAGUUGUCAAGUAUAAAACACAGGAGAUUAAAAAAGAGAAGUUUGGAAAAGAAUUGGAAAACAGACAAACCACACAACUGACCUCAUCCACAGCAGCACCGUCUGGACAAGGAUUCGGAGCAUCAGCCUCAGAGCUCUUCUCUUUUAUCCAAGAUGAAACCAUCCCUGGUUACUCGGAGACCGAACAGACCAUCUCUGAUGAGGAGAUCCAUGAUGAUACAGAAGAGAGAAUGCCACAGUUACGAUAUAGUGUUGGAUCUUAUGACGUCUCGGUUCCCGAUGCCCUGAAAACCUUUGACUCCAUCCACGGUUUGAAAGAAAUGAAAAGCUCUGCUGUUUCCAACGUUGUAGAUGUCAGACCCAAAGCCCUCAUGGGAGGUCAGGAGUCUGAGAUUCCAUCUUACCCUGCUGUUAUUACAGCUCCUCUUGCAGAAGAAGAACACAUAUCAUCUGCCACAUCCAUAACAGAAUAUGACAAGAUGUCUUCAUUUGCUACAUCUGUCGCUGAAGACCAAUCCAUUGCAUCUGUUACAGCCCCUCAGAUUGAGGAAGUUGGAAGGAACGUCCUCCUUCUUGAUACUAACAAUGCACCGUCACAUACAGAAGGCAACCAAGGAAAGGACUAUCUCCAUUCUGCAGGCACCAUUUCGCCCACCUCCUCUCUGGAAGACGACAAAUGUUUUAAGUCUCCUUCCUCUGACGAAUACCAACCCAACAUCCAUGAAAUGGAAAGCGAUGCCAAGGCCAAUGCUGUUCAUGAUGAAGAUGAGGAUGAGGAAGACGAGGAUGAGGAUCAAACUCCCAAUGUUGACAUCCCACUCGGUAAACUCCAAGAGGGUUAUGAACACGCUGCAUCCUUGCUGCUUAGAGAGAAAGAGAAACCACCCUCUCCAGCUAUUUCUCCUCCCAAACAACAGUCUCCCAUGCAGAUUGUCAACAAACAAAUAUCUCCAUUUAGUACAGAUGGAAUCGUGACCAUCACUGGAAUACAACCCGUAUCGCCAACUUUACCUCUUGUCACCGGUGUGUCCCACGGAAGGCAAGACAGUGACGACAGAUGUCCGAGUCCAGAUGACAGCACUAUGAAACUCGCUUCACCCACACAGUCAGUGCCGACAAGCAGUAGCUACUCUCCGGCAGAAGAAAAGUCCUUAAAGACUGAAGAUAAAAAUGAAGCGGUGACCGCACUGAAAUUUGACAAAGUAGAGAGGUCAGUCACCAUUUCUGAUAAUACAUCCUUCAUUGGACUGCCAGAUGACAAAACAACAUCAGAGACUUCAGAAGAAUCUGAAGAGGACAGUAUAGAGGAAGAUGCCUAUUUCACAAAAAAAGAUCUUCAGCCAGCUGUUAAGGCCAAACUUAUGGAGGCAAAAGAAGGAUGCUUCCUGGAUGAUGACUUGACAAAUGAGACAAAGACAGACAUUGAAACCUUCGAAAAGGCUCCAAGUGCAGAUGACAAACCUAAAUCUCAAAUUAUGAACUUGGAUGAGGAUGAAAUAAAUCAUUUCCCAAGUGGAUUAGAAUCAAGGUUCUCUCCAGCAAAUCCAAACAUUUCACAAAAGUGUCAAGAAACCUCUGAAAUAACAGAUGUGUCUUUGAAAGAGCCAGAGAAAAGUGUUAAAUUUGGUACCUGUGAUUUUCCAGAGAAGGAGACCAAAGAGAAAGCCAUCUAUAUAAGGCAAGACACACCUUAUGUGCAUGGCAAAACAUUCUCUUACGGUGACAUUUAUGAUAGCAAACAGAGUUCUGUGGAGUCCGAUUCCUUUCGUCAGGAGUCCUUAGAUAAGACUGAGAAAGACAUUUCAAGGGAUAAAAUGGGUUUGCCACCAGACACAGUAACAGCAACAGAAAAAGUCACAGAGAAGGAUGAAUUUAGAAAAGAACCUUCCACUCCAUCAUGGUAUGACUCUAAAAGCACGGCAGCUAUCCAGUCAGUGGUCAAAGAGGCUACAGAAACAAUUGCGGGAAGUCAUUUUCCUUCAGUGGUAGAUAAGUCUCCAGCAUCUUCUACUUUCCUUUCAUCAGAGAAAGAGCCGUUGUCUUUUCCAGUGCAAGGCCACCUCUCUCAACCAUCAACGUAUUCCUCCAUGACAGCCAUCAAUGCCGACAAAGCUGCUGGUCAUGAUGAUAACAACAAAGGUGCAUGUUUGGAGAUUGAUAUGCAGAAACUGACAGCCAGGGAUGAGGAAGAUUAUGAUGAUGAUGAGGUUGACGAUGAAGAUGAUGAGGAGGAAGAUGAAGAAGAUGAGGAUGAUAAUAGUGCUCUUGAUUCUGAUAUGGAAAAAAGUACCAAAGAAAAGUCUGAGAAGGAAAUAGAAAGUCCUGUGAGUGAAAUCUUUAGCUCCAACAAGCCUGAAUUCAUGGUUUCCAUGGCUGGAUAUGGCUUUAAAAGUCAAGAGAAACCAGCUGUGAAAGAAAACCUCCCUGGCUCACUCGCAAAAGUAGAAGCAGAUGAAAAGAAGGCAGACUGCAUAUUCUUGGGUGGAAAUUCAAAAGAGGGUUCAGCAUGUUUCUCUGGCUACUCCUCAGAGUUACACCUUGAGGGAAGUGAUCUUAAGGAAUCCCUUUUACCAAAUCAGACCACAGACAAAAGUAAAGAAGAUAUUACCUUGACGUUAUCAAAGAGAAAUCUUUACCAGAAUGAUGAUGACGAUGAUCUUGAUUUUGACAAACCUCGGUCGCCAGAUCACCUAAGCAAGAAAUCGCCAGACACAAGCUUUCAGUACACGACCACUGCUGCCCCUGGGUACUCCUCUUCCUCUGCCUAUAGCUACUCCUCAUCUACUUCAGGCUCCUUCUCGACAAGUCGUCAGCUUGGAGAAGAGCUGGAGACACCUGCCUCAGCUGAGCCACUGUUUGAGUACUCCUCCUUUAAAGAAGAACAUUCCCCAGUUAGAGACGCUCCCUUUUCCAAUUUAACUGGCACCAAAGAUGAUUAUCUUGAAGUGUCUGAGAAACAGAACACUGUUACAACCACAGCAGAAUCUACCUCUAACUUGGCCCACUUUUCACCCCGUGACCCAUUUGAGGGAGUCAAAUCCUUCCCUCUACAUUCAUCCACUGCUUCUGCUGAAGACAAACAGGAACACGCAUCUUUGGGCAGUCGUUUGGAUAAACACCCUCAAUCAGACUGCUUCUAUAAGCCUGAGUGGUCUCAGGUGUCAAUUUUGGACUCUGCAAAAGGCUUUGGGGACUCACUAACUUUGCACUCUCAAGAAACAACACUCUCAAAAGAGGCAGCCAGGGCUGCUCUGUUCGGUGUCACUUCUUCACCACGACCGGACGCUGAAGGAAAACAUUACUUUGAGGAAACUGACAGCAGCGAAGAAGAGGACAAGGGAGAUUAUAUGCAGGAAAUGACUCGAAUAUCCCCCUCCAGUGGACUCAUGGGUAACUUGACAUUUUCUGACAAGCCCGUUUCUUUCACUGAAAGUGAAAAGAAAAGCAGUGCAUUCCCCGAUGUUCUCGGGUCCUACGUGUUGUCACCACAUCAAGCCAGCAAGCCGGAACCAACCAACGAGACCGCACAAGUCAGUGCAAGUUCAACCAAUCUUGCUGGCACUGCAGCUGCAGGCACAGCCAGGGUGGAGGCCAGAGAGGGUGCUGGAGGCUACAGGAGCUCCUAUGAAUGGGAAAUGUCCAAGCCUCAGAUAGGGAGGAUGCCUGGUGACUCUCCUCCCCAUUAUCGUCAUGACGAUGAGUUUGAAGAGGAGUGUGAAAUGGAGCCAGAGCACCCAGCACGCCCACUUUCUCUCUCAUCGACUAAUCAGCCAUUUCACUCUCCCUUCUACGAUGAGUGCAGUCAACAAGGGCAGGAUGAUGAUGAUGACGAUGAUGAUGACAGUGAUCAGGAUAUUGCUGGUAAAGCACCCAAAGGAGCAGCCGCUCCAUAUGCAAGCCACACCUCUCCCGGAUAUUCAUCCUGCGAGUACAAGCAGCGUAAAACUGACCUUUCACCUUCCUUUAUCAACCCAUGCAUGCAGCAGCUAUGUAGUGAUGAAGAUGAUGACGAUCAGGAAGAGCAAAGUGACCAGUCGCAGGAGGGAGAUGAACAUGACAUGUCAGUUAAGAGAAGGGCUCAUAAGCAGCCCCACCAUCACAGCAGCAGCUCUUUCCAUCAAGCCGACGGCACGUCAGCACGGUUGGGUCUGGCGACAGAGGACACGCCACCGACUUCAAUAAGCGAGUCUCUCGCUUCUCAGUCAGACUCUGAAGUGCCUCCGGGAACAGAGGAGUACCCGUCAGUCACCGGAGAAGGCAACAAUGAUUCCGACGAGGAUGCAGACUACAUGCCUAUCGACAAAAUAUCUGCCGCAGGUGAAAGCAGUCGUCAUCCUGCCUCCUGGAAGAGUAACGAUCCGGUUCCUACACCUCAAAAAGACCCUUGCCCCCACCCUCCUCGCCCUGAUGUCUGCAUGGUGGAUCCUGACUCUUUGGGUAAUGUUAAAAAAGACCCUAAAACUAAAGGCCUGAAGAAAGCAUCCGGGAAAAUGAAAUCAGCAUCACCAGCCAGACGCAAGCGGUCCCCCUUGCCUGGCAAACAGACAUCAUCUCCUCGCGCUGCGUCACUGAAAAAGAAGGAAGCUGACAAGAGCUCACGUAUGUCUCGCUUGUCGGAUGGACAAGGCUCAAAAGAUGAUGAUCUCUCCAGGUCAAGCUACAACCCUGGCAAAGCGCUGACUUUGGGCUCUCAAAAGGCUGGUUCGACGGCUCCCAUUUAUGUUGACAUGGCCUAUAUUCCCAACCACUGCAGCGCUAAGAACGUAGAUCAAGAAUUCUUCAAACGUGUACGCUCUGCAUACUAUGUGGUGAGCGGGAAUGAUGCUGCGAGUGGUGAACCGAGCCGAGCAGUUCUCGAUGCGCUGCUGGAUGGCAAAGCCCAAUGGGGGUCAAAUCUUCAGGUGACGUUGAUCCCGACUCAUGACACAGAAGUGACUCGUGAGUGGUACCAGCAGAAACAUGAGCGUCAGCAGGAGCUCAACAUCAUGGUCCUGGCCUCAAGCAGCACCGUUGUUAUGCAGGAUGAAUCUUUCCCCGCCUGCAAGAUCGAGUUUUAGGAAUGCUGUCAUACACCUGGCCUCCAUACUGUUUGAAUAACUAUCUCAAGUCUAAUAAUGUGUUUUUGUCCCUUUUGUGGUAACUUUACAGAAACUCAAAUAAAUUCAUAUCGUUUUUUUUUUUUUUUUUUACUUUACAUUAACCAUUAAGCUUGUUUUGUCUGUCACAACAAUUACUACAUGUCCUCAUGACAUCAUUUCAGAGACAGUGGCUGUCACUGUCAUGACACUAAUUUUUAAACAAUAGAAAAGGUAAAAAGGCCAAUUCUGCAAAGAAUUUCCUUCAAAUGGUUUAUAUAUCCAGUAAGUACCACACUUUUCUUGCACCUUAAGGCCAAUACUAUUUGCUGCCCUCCCCAGUAUCUCAGUUUAAAGUUAUUUUUGCAGUAUAGCUGAUCAGAUUGAAACAUUGUGAUGGUAGAAAAUGACUAUUGUGAUCAGUUUUCUCAUAGUUCCGGUGUUUGAACUUUGUGCCUCCGAUUGAUAUCGUGAAAUAGAGAAUAUUAAAAUAGAGGCCACAGUGUCCUUUCAGUGUCUUUCAAAUAUAUUUGCUGUAGCAUAGGAACGAUUUUAUUCAAACUUCCAUAUGGUUGUGAACUAUUUCUAUGAU